AUGGAGCCAAAGACUCCAGUCCUAAGUGAUAGUGAAAAUAAUAGAAGUGAUAGUGAAAGUAAUAGCAGUGACAGUGAUAAUAAUAGAAGUGAUAGUGAUGAUAAUAGCAGUGACACAGUGAUAAGCAGUGAUACUGAAAAUAAUAGCAGUGAUAGUGCUAAUAAUAGCAGUGAUAGUAAAAAUAAUAGAAGUGAUAGUAAUAAUAAUAGCAAUGAUAGUGAAAAU